AUGUCUGCUGGCACCUCCAGCAGCCUUACGCAUGGUUCAGGACGUGGCGCAGGCCACAGGCUUCGGUCCAGCCGGAGCAACAGCCAGGGGUCGUCCUAUGAAGAACGUUGUGUGGACCCAGUUGAAGACAGAGCACGAAACCCAGAGCCAAAAGGAGUCCACAAAGCUGACCUGAAGGAUGCUAAUGGCAGACAGUAUGAGACCAUUGGCUUCAUUCCUGGCUCAGCUGAGCCAUCCACUGCAACCCAAACCUGCAAUCCAUGCGCUUCUCCAAGAAGCUGUAGGACUUUUAUAUGUAGCAUACUUACUUGCGGCCUGUACAGGGUCUGCCAGAACUCCAUCCUCGCUCCAUGCCUGGCACCAAAGGAGAGUUCACCAGAUGAACCAGAGAGGUUGAGUCUCCAAGCUAUGAACUCAAGAGACAACAAAGAAGAGUACAAUGCAGAAGAACCCUGGUUGGAGGAUCUCCACAUUGCUGGAGUCAAAGUGGACAGCACAAUAGAGUAUUUAGGUGCUAAAACCAAUCUUUCCACUUUGCCAUACGUGCCACCUCCUGGUGUUCAGACACUGCCGAGCCACCAGUCGCUGCAUGAGUCUAUAAGGAUUGAUGACUGGGAGGAUGGGGAGGAGAAUGUGGAUUCCCUGAUUACUAAGAAGCUGCUGGAGCUCUACUCUGAAUAUCAGAUUGAAGAACUGGCCCGGUGCACCUCAGACUCAGUGUUCCUGAAAAAGAGCAAGGCCAUCAACCAGCUCAUCAACUCACUGGCUGAGGAGCAUAAAAUGGAUGAGCAGGAGGCCGAGUGUCGGCUAGUGCGUGGAAUCAUCCGCAUUAGCACACGGAAGAGUACAAAGAAGAGGCCGCACAUCUCCAGGAAUGAGAGGACACUGUCGGACAGCGGAAACGAGACGAUGAGGGAGAGCGAGUCCUUUUCAGUGAGCAACAACAAUGACUACAAAUCAAAUCCCAAUAUCCAAAUAUCAGAUUUGACCUCCUCUGAUCAGUGUGCCAGGGAGAUUUGGAGGAACAAUGGAGGUCACACUUCUAGUUCCCCGACAUCAUACUCCACUUCACACACAGAGACAAAUUCUUCAGGUGUCCCGCUGAUCCGCACCUAUGUGAGAACAUGAUUCACUCA